GCACCCCGGGGUACCGGCCAUGGCUGUGCUGCUGCUGGGCGCCCUCCUCCCCCUCCUCUGCCCCCCACCGGUGCAGCCGGCCGGGGUGCUGGAGCUGCGGGUGCUGUCGGCACGGGGGGGCCCAGGGGGAGCGUGCGGGGGCCCCCCCUCCUGUCGCCUCAUCUUUCGCCUCUGUCUGCGCCCCCCUGGGGGGGUCGGCUGCAGCUUGGGGGUUGCCCACAGCCCCCCCGGACCCCCCCCCACCCCGGGGGCCCCCCGCAUCCUCCGCCUGCCCUUCGCCUUCCCCUGGCCGGGCACAGUCUCACUCGUUGUUGAGUCGUGGCGGCUGGAGGAGGCCAAAGGCUCUGGGGGCCCCCAGGACCGGCUCUUGGGGCGCGCGGUGGCCCGGCAGCACCUCUCCCCGGGGGGUCCCUGGCGGGGGGGGGCUGGGGGAGGCCUGCGCUUUGGCACCCGCCUGCGCUGCCGCCCCCCCUCCCGCGGCCCCCGCUGCGCCCCCCGCUGCCCCCCCUGCCCCCGACGCUGCAGCCCCUCCACCUGCCGCCCCCCCCGACGCUGCUGGCCCCACUGCUGUGCCCGCCGUGGGUGCCAGGAAGCCUGCGCCCCCCCCAGCGCCGACAGCAGCGUGGGUCACCGGGGCUGUGACACCCCCGGACCGGGACGGCAACCGGCAGCGGCUCCGGCACCGGCAGCAGCUCCAGCAGCACCGGCGGCACCGGCAGCACCGGCAGCGGCACCGGCAGCGGCACCGGCAGCACCGCUGGUGACCCUGGACACACUGGCAGCAGCACCGGCUGUGGCACCGGCAGCGCUGCUGGUGGCCCUGGAAGCACCGGCAGCAGCAGCACCCCCAAAAUCGCCAGUGGCACCGGCAGCGCUGGCCCCUGAAGCGCCAUCGGCGUCGCUCCCGCCUGCGGGACGCUUGGCGAUGCCGGAGCUUCUCCCUGAGGUGCCGCCGUCACCGUGCGCCCUCGGUCCCUGUUUCAACGGCGGCGCCUGCGCCCCGGCACCGGCUCCCGGCGCUGGUUACACGUGCCGUUGCCCGCCCGGCUUCCGCGGCUCCAACUGCGAACGCCGCGCCGACCGCUGCGCCGACCACCUCUGCCUGCACGGCGGUCAGUGCCGCGAUUUGGGUCGCGGCGCCGUUUGCAAAUGCCGCCCCGGUUUUUCGGGGCGCCGGUGCGAACGCAACGCUGACGACUGUACCCCGAACCCUUGCGCCAACGGCGGCACGUGCCAGGACGGCGCCAACUCCUUCACCUGCUCCUGCACCCUCGGUUACGCCGGCGCCGAUUGCCGACGCCGCGCCGACGCUUGCGCCUCCGGCCCCUGCCUGCACGGUGCCACGUGCUACACCCAUUUUUCUGGCCACGUUUGCGCCUGCCCCCCUGGAUUUAUGGGGUCCCGGUGCGAGGAAGAAAUCGGGGGACCCCCCCCGGCACCCCGACGCCUCCUCGUGUCCCCCCCCCUCGCCCUGGCCUGCGCCCUCCCCCUCGUCCUGCUGGCUCCCGGCGUGGGGCUGGCGCUGGCGGUGCGGCGCAGGCGGCGGCUGCCGGGGGAGAGCAGCAGCCCCCCAGCGGAGCCCCCCGGCACGACCCCCCCGGGGAGGGAGCGGCGGCCCCCCCGUGCCUCCGCCACCCGGGUGUGACCCAGCGGUGACAGACCCACUCAGGACCCCCCCACUCGAGUCUGGGGCCCCACAGUGGGUUGGGGGUGUGUGUGUCUGUGCUAUAAAGCUCUUUGAG